UUGGUUCACAAUUCCGUCUGCUUCAUUCCCAGAAGAACUCGGUGAUUGGGUAUGAGAAGUGAGACGCUGCUCUGCCAUUGGCUUGGUGUGAAUAAGAAAUUCCAGCAUUCAGCUCCCAUCCCGUUGAGCAGAAGGCGUGAGGGUUUCCUUGUGCAGGCAAUGAGUGGAGCUAGCUAAGGAUUGCUGCCGAGGCUCAGCUCAUGGCACCUUCACGUGUCCUCCACACUCUUGUAACUUUGUUACUGCAUUCAACUUAGUGAUUUGUAUUGCAGCACACAGCGAUCAAUGCAUGCCACGCAGGCUGGGAUGGGUACAAGCAAGAACCAACAGAUCACCCUCAAAUUGAAAGCCCGGCUUUCCUAUAUUACUUGAUGUCAGCCAAUAGAGUAAAGGUACAUUCAUUCUCCUUUAUGAGCGUUCAGGAAAAAGGCUUCUCUGGAAUCAUGGAUGACAGAGCCAACAAGUUGAUUCUGGCCCCGGUUCUAGCUGUGCUCUUUGUGAUGAUUGUCUACCAGUACAUCUGCCCAACUGGGACCGGCUCCUGGCAUUUCAGGGCAGGGGAUCCUGUAAGAGAGCAAUCCUCUGAGCUGCCUGCGAUGGCAGAGGUUCAGUGGCAGAGUGACGAGGAUGAGACUGAACUUCCAGAGGAUAACAUCCCACCCAAAUUCCAGCCGACCUUCAGCUUCAUGGCCAAAGACCUUUACAGAUUUGUGGAUUUUAACAUCAAGGGGGAUGAUGUGAUAGUGUUCCUGCACAUCCAGAAGACAGGGGGCACUACUUUUGGAAGGCACUUGGUUAGGAAUAUCCGUUUGGAACAGCCUUGUGACUGUAAGCCAGGUCAGAAAAAGUGCACCUGUCACCGUCCUGGGAGAAAGGAGACCUGGUUGUUUUCUCGCUUCUCUACAGGCUGGAGUUGUGGUUUGCAUGCAGACUGGACUGAACUCACCAACUGUGUACCGUCAAUCAUGGAGAAAAAGGACAGCCAGAAAAAUCACAGGAACUUUUACUAUAUAACAAUGCUGAGAGACCCAGUGUCCAGAUACUUAAGUGAAUGGAAACAUGUCCAGAGAGGUGCAACCUGGAAGGCAUCCCUCCAUGUUUGUGAUGGAAGAAGCCCCACCCCAGAUGAGCUGCCAACGUGUUAUCUUGGAGAUGACUGGUCUGGAGUCACACUGCAAGAAUUCAUGGACUGUAGCUACAACCUAGCUAACAAUCGCCAAGUCCGCAUGCUGGCAGACCUUAGUCUAGUUGGCUGUUACAAUUUAACUUUUAUGAAUGAAAGUGAAAGGAAUGACAUUCUUCUACAGAGUGCCAAAAACAACCUUAAAAAUAUGGCUUUUUACGGCUUGACUGAAUUUCAAAGAAAAACACAAUACCUGUUUGAGAGAACAUUCAAUCUCAAGUUUAUUUCACCAUUUACGCAGUUCAAUACUACCAGGGCAUCAAAUGUGGACAUUGAUAAAUGGUCUCGUGAAAGAAUAAAGGAACUUAAUUAUUUGGAUAUGCAACUGUAUGAAUAUGCUAAGGACCUUUUUCUACAACGUUUCCAGUACACCAGACAAUUAGAGCAUCAGAGGAAAAGAGAGAAGAGAAAGGAGGAAAGACGACUUCUUAGAGAACAUAAAUCCCACAUUCUGCACAAGGAAGAAAGGCCAACAGAAACUGCCACAACUGAGGAUUACAAUAGUCAAGUGGCAAGAUGGUGAUUUUGUCAGGUUUUUCAUUU